AUGGCUGCUAAUGCUGCAAACAAUGGAGGCAAUAACAGUUUCAUUCUUGGAGCCAAAUCUUCACUUUUUGACGUAAGAACAUAUGGUGCAAAACCUAACACGGACAUAAGUCAGGCUCUCUCAAUUGCAUGGAAAAGUGCUUGUGCAUCACCAACUCAAAGUGUAUUAUUUAUUCCAAGUGGGGUAUUCUAUUUAAAACGAGCUAUAUUACAAGGACCAUGUAAGGCUCCAAUAAAGGUUCAACUUCAAGGAACACUGAGGGCCUUAAAUGAUCUAACUGGUUUCAAGGAUGAAGAUGGUUGGGUUAUAUUUGAACAUAUCAAUGACCUAACCUUAAUGGGAGGUGGUACUUUUGAUGGACAAGGUAAAUCAGUUUGGGGCAAACAAUGUGGACGAGGCAAAUAUUGUAGUAAAUAUCCCAUGGUAAUUCUUUUAAUCAUAAUAAAUUAUUUUCUAUUAUUGGAUAAAUUAUUGUUACCAUCUUAUAAUUAUAAUUUAUUGAAACAGAAUAUAAGAUUCGACUACAUCACCAAUUCCUUAAUUCAAGAUAUAACAUCACUGGAUAGCAAACAAUUUCAUAUGAAUGUGUUAGGUUGCCAAAAUGUUACCUUUUUACAUGUUCAUGUAAUUGCAAAUGGUAAUAGUCCUAACACAGAUGGAAUCCAUAUUGGGCGAUCAUUUAUGAUAAACAUAACAGAUGUAAAUAUUCAAACGGGAGAUGAUUGUAUUUCUCUUGGUGAUGGAAGUAAAAAAAUAACUAUUACAAAGGUUACAUGUGGACCUGGCCAUGGUAUCAGUGUUGGAAGCCUUGGAAAAUAUAUGAAUGAACAGCCUGUAGAAGGAGUGUUUGUUAGAAAUUGUACAUUAAUAAAUACAAUGAAUGGAUUAAGAAUCAAAACAUGGCCAAAUUCAUUUGUUGGAUUAGCUUCUAAUAUCCAUUUUGAGGAUAUUAUCAUGGAAAAUGUGGGCAACCCUAUUUAUAUUGACCAAGAAUAUUGUCCUUGGAAUCAAUGCAACAAAGCGGUUCCAUCAAAAGUUCAAAUAAAAGAUGUGAGCUUCAAGGAUAUUCGUGGUACUUCUGCAACAGCAAAUGCUAUAAACUUUAUUUGCAGUAGUGGUUUUCCAUGCCAAAAUGUUGAAGUUGUUAAUAUUGAUCUUAGAUAUAAUGGAAAACAAGGUCAUAUUACAUCUCAAUGUAAAAAUAUCAAACCCAGGAUACUUGGAAUUCACAACCCAACUGCAUGCCUCGCUAGCUAAUAACCUUAAUAAUUUAUAAUUAUCAUUUAAAUUUGUACUUAUAUAAUUCUUCCAUCCACCAGGACAUGAGAAGUUUCAUACUACUCUUAAUUUGGGUAGAUAUAUAAUAAAAUAUUUUUAUAAGCUGUAAUUCCUUUUAGUGCUCUUAAACAACUCAUAGUAUAAUAUGAUAUAAUGCUUACUUUGAAAUUAAUUCUACAACAAAUUGAUUACACAUGUUUGAAUUACCAUGCAAUAUGUAAUUGAUGCAAUAAAAAUAAUAUUUUAUUGAAAUUUAUUACUAUGAUAAAUAUAGGUUU